AUGCUUCGAAGUAAAUGGAAUAGCGGAGGCAGUGGUGAUCAUGCCGAGACUUACAGCAGUACUGAUUCUCAAGAUGAUGUUCGCGGGAAACCGAAAGACAAGAUGAAAUUGGUUUAUAUCCUUUUUUUUAUCCAAGGUGUUGGUAGUCUACUACCUUUCAAUAUGUUUAUCACGGCAAGCUUGUAUUUUACUGUCAAGCUGCAAGGGACACGAUUUCAACACACCUUUGAAAAUUAUAUCUCCUUGGCGUCGAGUGUACCCACCAUUAUCGCUUCCGUAAUUACUGUUCGUAUGCUUCGAUCAUAUCGUUUACAAACACGGAUGGUAUUCUCAUUGUCGGUUCUGAUCAUCAUGUUCAUCUUCACUACAAUCAUGGUCAAAGUGAACACUUCGAAAUUUUUUGGAACUUCAAUCUAUCAAGCAAGUUUAUUUGGAUUAGCUGGUGUAUUUCCUAAAGAGUACACACAAUCACUUAUUAGUGGAAUGGCUUUAGCAGGUGUAUUUGCUGCUUUGGCUAGUAUCUUUUCUCUAAUUGGUAUAAGUGAUCCCUAUGAUAGUGCGCUGGGCUAUUUUAGCUGUGCUGUAGUGGUGCUAAUUAUCUGCUUGAUAACCAACGUCGGACUUGGAAAGCUAGAAUUUGCCCGGUUUUACAUGAAAAAUUUAGAGUACGGUAAAUCGGCUGCGCCUGUCCAAGAGGAGACGCAUGCUGAUGUAGAAGAUGUCAACGAUGAUGCUCGUGAUCUACUAUAUAAGCAGACACUCCAUGCCAAUUCUUCCAACUAUGUCUUAUUAAUUUGGAAAAGGGUAUGGCCUGUCGGAACAGCCGUUUUUCUAUGUUUCACCGUCACCUUGUCCAUAUUUCCAGCGGUUAUGGCUCGUAUUCAGUCGGUUGAUAGAGUGCCAAAUAAUGUUUUCACUGAUAAGCUAUUUACACCUCUUUGCUGCUUCCUCCUUUUCAAUACGAGCGACUUUGUUGGACGAGCAAUUUCAGUUUGGAUUCUUGUGCCAAACUACAAUCGUGGAAUUUCCAUUCUUUUACUCUCUAUGAGUAGAAUCGCCUUUAUACCACUUAUCCUUUACUGUAAUGCUCAACCAAGAUCUCACUUACCGGUCUUAGUCAAUAGCGAUGUGGUAUAUAUCAUUCUAUCGUGCUUGAUUGGUUUAAGUAACGGUUACAUUGCGUCUUUAUGCAUGAUGUUUGGUCCCAGGAGAGUUCAUCCCCAAUAUGCCGAGUCCACCGGAGCUAUUAUGAAUGUGUGCUUAGUUUUAGGACUAGGGGCUGGUUCAGCUUUAUCCUUUGCUGUAGUCGCGAUGUUAUAG